AUGGCGCAUGCGUGUUUACAAUGCCGCGAGCGCAAGCUCAAAUGCGCUAGAGAUGGGGAUUACGAUCAGCCAUGCAGAAGAUGUCGGAGAGAGUCGAAACGAUGUCGGCUGCCUCCAGUGAAGAGGAAGAGGUACGAUUUGGACUAUCCGGUCUCACCCAACAACGACCAUCAAGGUCCGACAUCCAUGAGCCGCGAAACCUCAGCUUCAGUGUCCGCUGGAAGAUACCCACAGAACCUUUCCACGAACAACGGCAUCGGGCACGAGUACGCAUUUCCACACCAGCAAUUCAAUUACCCAGCAUUGCCAUCCAAUCCCUCUGUCAGCUACAACGAUGAUAUGCUCGCGGAAAGUGGCGACUACAUGUUUAGCUUGGAAGCUGCGCACUUUUGGGACCUCAUGCCGGUCACCUACAGCGAGACAAUGGCGGACCUAAGCCAAGCCUACCAGAACCAAUACUUCGCCCCAGCCAAAGUCUCACCAGCGAAUCUGUCGACCGAGGGAAGCAGUUAUGGUAGCGCCAGCUAUGAUGGGCUGGCCUCGACAUACAGCGUCCCACAAGAGGUUGCCAAGCCGAUCGCAACAUCUCAUGCUACAGCUUCGCGCACAACAGUUCCAGUAUCGUCUGGGCCCAUACAUAUCACUGGUUGGCGGCCGAAGACGAGCUCCAACUUCAUCAGGUCUCGCUAG